AUGUCUCCGAGACAUCGAAAUCGAAUCGUCCCGACUUCUUCGACGAUACUCAUAUCAUAUCUCGCGUCGAUAGCUCAUGCCACAUUCACCAAUGAUUUCUCAGCGUACCCAGCAGCAGCGAGAUCAUGUCUUGACUCAGCCGCUGCAGCGUCCGGGUGUACCGGUGACACGGUGACGGAGAUGAACACAUGUCUGUGCGGGAAUGGCGGAAACUUUGUGCUGGCGACGUCAAAAUGCGUGAAAAAAGAGGCAAAAGACAAGCUUGACGAUGUUUACGAGAUGCUUCUGACCUCCUGCACGGAUUCAAAAACGCCAUUGGGCAUUUCGCAGGCACAAUUCCUAGACCCCGAAGACGACGACGAAACCAAGUCAACAGCCUCUUCUUCAUCUGCUUCUCAGAGCAGCACAACACUAUAUACCUCCACGACCGCACCGCCGACCGAAAUACCGGCAUCUUCAACAACAUCGACAACGACAUCUCUCACGACGUACAAGAGCGUUGCGCCAGGAGGAGUCACAGUCACGGUGACGAGGGGAGUUGAGACAGUAUCGACUGGGGCGGCGAGUGGAAAGCAAGGAAGCAACGCCGAGGGGGACCAAGCUAUUACCGGCGAUGAGGGACCUAGCCACACUGCUCUUGCGGCAGGACUUGCAGGAGGACUAGCAAUCCUAUUGGGCGUGUUGGCAUUCUUCUGCUACAGGCGGCGGAAGCAACGCAAGGAGAGAAAGGGGCAGGUCGGAACCGGUGGAAAAUUCGCAGCCUUAUCUAGUGCGACAAGUCUCACCACGAUGUCGGCCUCACCACCGCAAGGGCAGGCAACGACGGCAUAUCACGGCGUGAACGACAGACGACCUGAUACGGCAAACACGAUGAACAUGGCAGUGGGCACUCCAGGAUGGAACCGUCAGCAACAAGGGCCACAAAGUCCCCAGCAUUGGCAGAACAACAACUCUCCUGGGCACUACGGACAACAAGCAGGAACCUGGCCGUCACCAGUCGCCAACGGAGAUGGGGCGACGGGAACGUGGGGAGUUUCGCCCGUCUCUCAGUACCGUCCGAACUCAUCCAGGGGUCCCGAACCGUCACCACAUGCUGGAACCUGGAACGCGCAUGCCGCUGAGAUGGCAGCCGCUCCGGUUCCCGCACCUCACCCUUCACAUCCCUCAAAUAAUACGUACUCUCCCGUCUUUGAAUUGCCGGGAGAUCAAAUACAAGCCGUAGAGGCAGACUCGACACCAGUCGGCCAGGCUCAGCCGGUGGUGCAACCGCCUUCGCGUUCAAUACAAUCGACGCCGGCUCAAAUGCAAGCACAACCAGCGCAACCAGCACCAGCUCAUCACGGAAUGCCGAGGCAGAUCGACGACGCACUUCAAAUAUCGCGAGUAGAAUUACCGCCGCCUCGGUACUCAGGCCCAUCAUCACCGGAUUGGGUCAGCGAGGAUAAGAAGUUUGGCUAG